AUGAACAAACACUUCUUGCUGCUCUUCUCCCUCUUCUGCCUCAUUGUGGCAGUAACAUCACUGAUGUGCAUAACAUGCCACCUUCGUACACAGGCAGACCACUGUAGAAGAGGCUUUGGUGUGUGCUUUGCCGAGAAACAUGAGAAAUGCAUGAGCCUAAAUAUCUACCAAAAUCAUUCUCUUCAGUUAUCAUAUAUGGUGUGCCAGAAAUUCUGCAACAACUUGAGAUAUAACUUCAACAAUCGGACUUAUGUUCAUAAAUGCUGCAACUACAACUAUUGUAACUUCAGAAUCUAA